AAAGUCCAACACCUUCUCUUUCUCUCUCUUCACUAUAGUUAAACUCCGUUGACUGCAGGAAAAUCAUAAAUCCUUCACAACUUUUUUUAUUUUCUUUCCUUUUUUAUUUUAUUUUCCUCUCCUCAUAUUUAUCACCGCCGCAACUCGCCGGAAAAGUUUUAAUCGGUGAAAUUUCCGAUAACCGUUACUAUUUUCAAUUACUCUCCAGUUUAUUCCUUCACAUAAUUUCUCUCGCGUAUUCGCCUUAGUUUACAAAACUAAGGUUCGUGAAACCCUAGCCGCCAUUUUCAUGUCGAUUGGAGGAAUUUUUCUGGUGCUGUUGUCGUUUGAAUAGAUAACCUUAUCUGAUUCUGCGUUUUUUGUGAUUUAUUGUCGUUUUUGUAAUUUUCGUAAUUAUGAAGAGAUUGAGGUCAAGCGAAGAUCUUCACUCGUACAACAACGGUGAAAAGAAUAAUGGUGUAAAGGAUUCAAAUCUGAACCGUUCGUUUUCAUCUUCUGGUCAGAGAAGUUUUUACUAUAAACAAGAGAAUGUGCGCAAGGGUUUGCUCACUUCCUCUUCAUCACGCUACGAAAGGGAUCGGACGGUGGAAGAAGAUCGGGAGGGUUCGAGAGUCGUUCGGAAGCGAUCUGAGCAUGAUUUCGAUGGUUUUGAUAGGAGGAAGGGGUUUGAUCGGUAUAGGGAAGGUGGUGGUUAUAGUGGUGGUGGUGGAGGUGGAGAUAGGAAUUCGAUUCAUCGGUCGGAGAGUUUCUGUGGUGGAUCGAGGAGGGAGUUUCCGAAGGGAUUUCGAUCAGAGAGGGAUCGGUCGAGAAGGGAGGGAAGUGUAUCUUCGUGGAGAAGAGGUUUGAAGGAUUUUGAUGAGAGCAGUAGAGGGAGUAAUAAUAAUAACAAUAAUAGAGUUGAAGAGAGAGUUGUUCGUUCGCCCAAGGGAUUUUCAAGGGAUGUGAAAUCGCCAACUUGGUCCAAGGAUUCAGAGAGCGAACAUUCGAAGAAGAGAUCUCCUUCUCCGAGGGUGUUUAGAGAAGCUAAGUCUAAAUCAAAGUCACCUUCUUGGUCUAAGGAUUCAGAGAGUGAGCAAUCCAAGAGUGUUAGUGUUGAGGUGAAGAAAACUGAAGAGUUGUUGCAACAGGUACAGUGUGGAAGUGCUAGUGAAAUGGAAGAGGGGGAGCUUGAACCUGAACCCGUCUCGCAUACCGAUUCUGAACCGGCUCUUAAAGAUGUACCAGCUGGAAGUGAAAGCCAGGAAACCUCUGAGGACAAACAAGUGCAUAAGCAGAAUGAGUGCCCACCCGGUGAUGCAGAUGUUGUUAUGGAAGAAAAACAGUUGUUGUCGAGUGAGAAAGAUGCGAAAUCUAAGGAGGAUAUUGAUUUGGAGGUUAAAGAUGCAGAGAAAGACGUUCAUGAACAGCCUCAGACUCGAGAUAAUCCAACUGAGAAAUUGCCUGUUACAGAGACUGAGAUUGGAAACGUCCGUAAUGAUGGUGAUGAUAAGAAAGAUGUGUGUUUGAAUGGUGAAGAUACUCGCUCCGAGGAUGAAGCUGAGAAGGAAACAUAUAAGGAGAAGGCAUUGGUUAAUGAAGAGGAGCAUGUGGAGGACAAGGGUGUAGGUGGUGGUGACAGACCUGAGUUAAACGAUGAAGGCUCAACCGAGAAUGAAGUUGCCAACGAAGUGAAGGAAGAAACAGUCACUGCAAAGGAUAAAGGCAAAAGCGUCUCGGUCACGCCUUCUGAUGUUGCUUAUUCUUCAAAAGAUGGAAUGUGGAUUGAUAGAGAGUCAAAAGAUAUCGUGGCAUGCCCUGAAGAUGCCAUGGAAGGUCCGAGCACAAGAGGGUUUGAGCUUUUCUCUAGAUCUCCAGUGAGAAAAGAUGAAAAGUCCGAACGCACGGUCCUCAAAAAGGAGAAAGAUGAAAUUCUUGCAAUGAGGCAGCUUGAUCUUACUCUUAGCUUGCCAAAUGUUCUGUUACCGAUAGGAGCUCAGGAGACAAUAUUGCAAGCCACUCCUGGAUCUCCCAGUCAAGCACGGAGUGUUCAGUCUCUAAGUAAUACAUUUUGUACUAACUCGGAUGGUUUUACUGCAUCAAUGUCAUUUUCAGGUUCCCAAUCAUUAUAUCACAAUCCAAGUUGUUCUCUAACGAAAAAUUCAGUGGACUAUGAAAAAUCGGUUGGCAGUCGCCCCUUGUUUCAGGGAAUAGAUUGGCAGGCCCUGUCUCAGGGAGAUCCCAAGCAGAAAGAAGUUCCCUCUGGUCAGAGAAAUUUGACAAAUGGGAAUGGCUCACUUUACCAGCCUCAAGCAUCAUGGGGCAUUUUAGACACUCAAGCUGUGAAAGGUGGUCAACCUUCGAGGGCUCUAGAAGGAAGCUCGAAAAUGGGCAGCGGACUUGAAAGGCAACUGAGUUUUCAUAAGCAGCUUUCAGGACAUUCAAGGCGACAUGAUGAUGUUCGAUCUCCUACACAAAGUGUUGGGUCUCAUGACAAUGGAUCAAAUUAUAGUUUUGAGAAAAGGAAGGAGGUUAGGGAAAGGAGUAGCGGUAGUCUACAUCGAUCUACCAGCCAGAAGGGACAAGAACAAUUUCUGAUGGGUGGACUUGAUUAUGUUGAGACAAUCAUUGCAAGAGUAGUUUCUGAACCUGUGCAUGCAAUGUCUAGAAAGUUCCAUGAAAUGACCGGACAGUACAUAACACGGCUGAAAGAGGGUAUUCUGGAACUCAUGCUCAAUGCAGAUAAGCAUGGACAGAUACUUGCUUUUCAAAAAGUUUUGCAGAACAGGUCUGAUAUAACCUUGGAUGUUCUAGUGAAGUGUCACCGAGUGCUGCUGGAAAUUUUGGUUGCAUUAAAAACUGGUGUAACUCAUUAUCUUCACCUAGAUGAUAACAUUUCAUCUUCGGAUUUAGCUCAAGUUUUUCUAUACUUGAAGUGUAGGAAUUUAUCAUGUCAAAGUCAGUUGCCUGUUGAUGAAUGUGAUUGCAAAAUUUGUGUGCAGAAGAAUGGUUUUUGCAGGGAAUGUAUGUGUCUUGUGUGCUCUAAGUUUGACAAUGCGUCGAAUACGUGUAGUUGGGUUGGGUGUGAUGUUUGUCUUCACUGGUGUCACACCGACUGUGGAUUACGAGAAUCCUAUGUUAGAAAUGGGAUUAGUACUACUGGAACAAAAGGAAUGACUGAGAUGCAGUUUCACUGCAUUGCUUGCGACCACCCUUCUGAGAUGUUUGGCUUUGUCAAAGAGGUGUUUCAAAGUUUUGCAAAAGAGUGGUCAGCCGAAACUCUUUGCAAGGAACUUGAAUAUGUAAAGAGAAUCUUUUCUGCCAGCAAGGAUAUAAGAGGUAGACAGUUGCAUGAGAUUGCCGAUCAAAUGCUGCCGAGGCUGACACAUAAGUCGAACCUUCCUGAGGUUUGGAGACACAUCAUGUCUUUCCUUUCUGGUUGUGAUUCUUCCAAAUUAACCACGACAACAAACUUUUCUGGGAAGGAUCAAGUCAAAGAAAACAAUGGGGUGGCUGGGCCCAGCCAGGAAGCUGCUUGGCUAAAGUCUAUUUAUUCUGAGAAGCCGCCACUGUUAGAACGGCCUGCAAACAUGCUUCCUAGCUUUGACCAGAAUAAUAGUAGAAGGCCCCUGGUGCAAGAGUUGCAGAUUAGUAGUGUCCCAAAGGACUUCUGUUUUGAUGAAUUGGAGAGUAUAGUAAAAAUCAAACAGGCAGAGGCUAAAAUGUUUCAAUCUCGUGCUGAUGAUGCUAGGAGGGAAGCUGAAGGGUUGAAACGCAUAGCCCUUGCAAAGAAUGAGAAAAUCGAAGAAGAGUAUGCCAAUCGAAUUGCAAAGUUACGGUUGGCCGAGACAGAUGAAAUGCGUAAACAAAAGAUAGAAGAACUCCAAGCAUUAGAGAGGGCUCAUAUGGAGUAUUUGAACAUGAAAAUGAGAAUGGAGUCAGACAUUAAAGAUCUGUUAUCCAAAAUGGAAGCUACUAAAAUGAGCCUUGCCAUGUGACCAGAUCAAAAUAUUUAGAAUAGUUCUUUCAGGUAAAUGUAAUAUGUCUAAUCCUGAAAUUUGUAGGUUCUAGUGCUCUGUCUUAUUGUUGGGUGCUGCUGUAGUUUCUGAUCCACAGUUAUAUCUAUUUGUUGUUAUGAGCUGCUAACCAAGAUCUGUAGAGUCCAUCACAGUAGUUAUCAGUCUUAUAAAACAAUAUCAUUUGUGAAAGCAGUUUUAAACAGUUUAUUUUAUUAUUAGAAAGACAAAAAUGGCCAUGUGGCUGGAUUUGCUGUACAGACUUAUUGUACUGACUGGCAGCUGUAGGAAAAUUAUAAUUUAAAAACCUUGGUGGAUAUUGUGUGCUUUGAACUUUGCUGUUGGGACUUGACUUAACAUAUUUGUUGCAUUUUGGUCAAUUAA